UUUAGUUUCAUGUGAACGACCGAAUUGAUGUACCCAAGAAACGUUAACCUGCUACCCAAACCACCGAUGUGUGCAAUUGACGUUUGGUGCAGCUGUGCUUAGUGUUGUUGCGUUUGUUGACUGGACAUUGAACUGUUAACUCGUCCUGCAGUGAAGCGAAGCCGAGACAGCUAUUAUCAUUCACUGACUAUUUCGGCCGACACUGGUUGAAUACUGGUUGAAGAUUUGCAAUAAUGUUGGUGAAGUUAGUUGUUGGCUCUUUGUUUCUGUUUUUGUUACAAAUGGUGCUCAGAACGGCGUAUUAUAUGGGUUAUCAUUUACACUAUAAUCAACAUUAUCCUGGCAAGUGUGAACAGGUUAAAGGCAUCAGUCUUGGUUCAGAAAACUUUUAUACAUUUAAAGAUGGAUUAACAUUUAUUACAUCGGGGCUUGCUGUACAAAAUCAAACAGCACAUACGAGGGAAUAUAUGGUUAAACAUAAUAUUGUUGGUAGAAUGUAUUUAUUUGAUUUCAACAAGAAUAAAGCGAAAGUAGAAGAACUGUCUAUAGUAGGAAGUAAUGGUGGCUUUAAUGUAAAAUUAUUCCGUCCCCAUGGAAUCGGUGGUUGGCUUGAUAAAUCAGGCAAGAAGAUAUUAUUUGUGGUGAACCAUGAAGAACAAGGAGUUGAUUAUAUAGAAAAGUUCGAUUUUAUUCCUGAAAAUAAACAACUUAAACAUGUUAAACGAUAUCGUGAUGAUACGAUGUUACUCCUCAAUGAUGUACAACCUACUAGUGAGGACAGUUUCUUUUUUACCAACUACGGAACUGGUCCAAGUUUGUUUAUGAUGAAGGUACAAAUACUGUGUCGAAUGGAGUGGAGUACAGUAGUGUAUUUCGAUGGAAGUAACUAUAAGAUAGUAUUAGAUGGUCUUGCUAUGGCUAAUGGUAUAGCUAUGUCCAAUGAUGGAAGAUAUGUUUAUAUAGCCACCACUAUUAGUCAUGAUAUAGUUGUUACAGAGAGAAAAACAAACAAUGACUUGAUUAGAAAACAGGUUUAUCCAGUCUAUUCGUUUGUAGAUAAUAUUAUAGUUGAUUCAAGGACAGACAAUCUAUAUAUUGCUGGACAUCCUAUAGGGCAUCAAAUAUCUCUACAUUUGGAAAAGCCAGACUACCGCGCACCCUCUCAGGUUUUGAUGUUAUAUGUUAAAGAUGGAAACAUAACGAAGACAAGAGAAUUAUUUUAUGAUGAUGGAGAUUUAAUAACAGGGUCUACUGUUGCCAAUGUUUUUAAUUCUAAAUUACUCAUAGGUUCUAUUAUAGAUACAACUGUUUUAUGUGAUGUUAAUAUUCCUCUAUAAAAAUAUGCAAUGCAAUUAAUGUUUAUUACAGAGCGACAUUUUUCCAGUGGUUCUCAACCUUUUUUGCCAACAGCAGCUGCACACCCUUGGAACACAUGAUACAAUAGUGAAACACCUGGCUAAAUAUAUAUGAAAAAUAUUUGAAUUUUGCAAAAUAAAAACAUGGCAAGUCAUAGACGGCAUACAACCGCAAACACAGACACACUUUGGAAGAUCUUUCGGCACACAGGUGUGCGGCGGAACACUGGUCGAGAAUCACGUAUCAAGCUAAGUACCGAGGAUAUUAUUAUAUAUGAUUAUACACAUAUUAUUAUAUUUCAUAGUAUUAAGAUUAUCCACGAAUUGCCAGUCUGAUGUACAAUCAGCUGAUUUAUUAUGACAUUUAUGUAUUACCAGUUUGGUGUACAAUCAGAUGAUAUAUUAUGACAUUUAUGUAUUACCAGUCUGAUUUAUAAUGGCAUUUAUGUAUUACUAGUAUGAUGUACAGUCGGCUGAUUUGUUAUGACAUUUAUGUACAUGUAUUACCAGUGUAGUGUACAAUUAGCUGAUUUAUUAUGAUAUUUAUGUACAUGUUUUAUUUUGCUAGAUUAGAGUUGUAUUACCAGUGUGAUGUACAAUCAACUACGUUUUUGUGACAUUUAUGUAUUAUUGAUCUUUAUUGUGACUUAGGAAAGCUUUAUAUUGUUAGAUUCAUGACAUUUCGAUGGUCUAAAUGACAAUCAAUUGUUUUAUAUGACGUACAAAUAUAUUUUUAUUCUAA